AUGCCCCGUCGUUUUUUCCAUUCCAGACUUCCACAGCGUCUGAAACUGAUCAAACCGCUUGACGGCUCCGAAGUGUUACAGCAAUGGCAACGAUUGGCCACUCCCAGUUUCACUCGUGCCUUGUUUGAUGCACCCCUGCCCGGUGUCCGUGGUCGGGCUGGUGUGGCCACCAACUCCGAUCGACGUGCCAUUAGUUUUGGAUCCAGUGUACCGUCUCAUUUGUUGGGCGAUGNCAGUACGCGCAAAUUCCGCUCUCCGGCACUGUCUGGUUAUCCAUCGACCGGUCGUCACACCGGGCUGACAGAUCAUUAUCCGACCGACUGGAUGUCCCAUGGUGAACGAAUCGGACUCAGCUCACCGUUCUCUCUCACUUCCCUAGUGUCCGCUCUACUCCCGUUCUCAUUGAACCCGAAUAAUCGAUCAACGGAUAGUCCACUCACGUCCGAUUCCACAUCCGGUGCAACCAUCCCUAAGCGUUCAUCUUCUGGUAAUCUUCCAGAGAGCACAGAACCCAUACGCAUUCGUCCCAGAUCCCCGCCCGGAUCUAGAGGCCUCCUGGAAGUCAGUCGAAUCGGUUCUGAAGCGAAUUCUAUGCAAAGAAUUGUCAGUUCCACUGUCCGAUCCACGUCGCCUCCAUCCACUCUCACACUGCCGGGCGCACAACCGCCGCCCGCCGCGAUCUCAGCCCAGACAUUCAUACGGCCGGCUUAUUCACGUACAGUUCGUAAUACGAAUCUAUCCGAGAUUACAGAGGAGUCCGGUUCUCCGCCUAAACUGUCAGACAAUUCUGCGGUUGCCCCAGAUGGCAGUACUGCGCAAUCCGGCGAAGUCGCUGCCCAGUGUACAAAUGUUUCCUGA